CAGAUAUUUAUUGCGGUGGAGUUAUACGAUAGCCAGAUAUGGGGAAAGUUCACGUGGAAAACAGGACAACCGGAUGACGAAGUGAUCCGCGAAGCAUACCGAGCGGUUUUCCUGUUAAGUUUACAACUGGAAGACAGUGGAACGAAAGAAAAAGAUUUAGUCCUUUUCUGGAAGGAGGUUAUACGACGAUCGAAAAUGAUAUUUGGGUACAACGGAUUCACCCAGUUCGAUCAAAAAAAUGUCGAUCCAGUUGUGGUGCAUGCAUACGAAGCAGUUCUAAUGUAUGGCCUACUCGUGGCACAAAUGCACAGGGAAGGUGCCGAUUAUUCUAGCGGAGCACUGCUCUCGAAUUACACUAUGAACUUUACCUUCGAGAGCCCCAUAACCGGAAAAGUGUAUCUGGAUGAUAAUAGUGAUCGUGAAAUACCUUAUAUCAUGCGGGCGUUUAGCGAGCAGUCUCAAAAACACGAGACAUUAUUAGGAUUUCCGCUGGAUCAAUCCACCUUAGUGCAACUGGGAACGAUACGCUUCGUUAACCGUCCAUCGUUACCGCCCAACAUCGUUCUCUGUCUGGACCGGGCACAUUGUACUACAACUGCAAAUUCUAGCACCAAAGACAUUGUCAUAGCUAUUGUCGUUACUUUUGUCUGCGUACUGGCUCUCGGCGCGUUUGUGGCUGCCUGGUAUCUUAAAAGGCACCACAGGAGUGACCUUGACCCGUACUGGUGGCGUAUAUUGAUUACCGACUUGCAGCCGUAUAUGCAUCACUCAUCCGAUGAUUUGCAGCCUGUGUCCAGUCAGAUAACCGAUAUAGGUAGCCAAACUGGAAACAAGGACUCGGAAGUCACCAAGCAGAAACAUGACACAGCAAAUGACAAGAACACAGGGAACGGUGGGAUGAACCGUACGAUGUCGUUCCACGGUCAACCUAUUACUUUGUUAGAAUGUGCUCCGCCUCACAAGCGAGUACCAUUCCAGAUGAUCAAGGAGGCUUUUGAUGUUAAAAAUCUACUCCACCCGAAUGUGCAAAAAUUUAGCGGGGUCGUGGUUAACGAUGACAACAUUUGUGACUAUGUGGCUAUGGAAUACUGCCAGCGAGGUAGUCUGGGAAAAUUAAUUGCGGAGGACACCUUAGAUUUGGACUGGCAGUUCAAACAGUCCUUAAUCAUGGAUCUUAUUCAGGGCUUGGCGUACUUGCACACCACCGUAUUGGCGUCCCAUGGCUUUCUUAGCGAUACUGCAUGCCAAGUCGACAGCCGUUUUGUCCUUAAAAUAUCCGACUACGGCUUACCUUCUCUUCGACAUGAAUUCGACCUGCAACCUGUCACAUUUGAAGAGGAAUACGAAGAUCCGCGCCGAAACUACAGAAUGCUGUUGUGGCGUGCGCCUGAACUUUUAAGAAGAAGAAUGCCGGAAAAUGGAACACAAAAAGGAGACGUAUACAGUUUUGCCAUCCUUCUUCAGCAGAUAAUCCUGCAAAGUCUGCCCUUUCAGCUGGGAAAAUACGGCAAAGCACGUGUACGAGAGGAACACAGCCUGAAAGACAUCAUCCUUGAAGUCAAAAGAGGUCUUCAGCCGCCGUUGCGGCCGCCCGUGCCCACAUCAGCUUGCGUACGGGAGCUCCAUGACCUUUUGGAAGAGUGCUGGGAGGAGGAUCCAUCGCUUCGAUGGACUUUUAUCAGAAUAAGACAGGCCGUGGGAAAAAUCUUUGGAAAAUCAGAGAGAAACCUAGUUGGUCAUUUGAUUAACCGAAUGGAACAGUACGCUUCCAGUCUGGAGCAUCAGGUGGAGCAGAAAACCAAGCAGUUCAUGGAGGAACGCCAACGCUCGGCUGAUGUGCUUGAGCACAUUUUACCACCCUCCAUUGCUCAAGCUCUUAGCAGAGGGAUUCACAUACAACCGGAAACAUUUAGCGAGACAACCGUGUAUUUUGGCGAUGUGACCGGAUAUGCGGAAGCCGUAGAGAAAUGCAAUUCUCCUUUGGAAACCGUCUCGUUGCUAAACGACCUGUACAAUGUCUGUGAUAGCGUAGUGUUUGAGUACGACGUCUACAAGGUCGAAGCCGUCAAUGAUGCCUACCUGGUUGUCAGCGGAUUACCGGUUCGGAAUGGAAAAAAGCACGUAGAGCAGAUUGCUAAUAUGGCACUCACCUUGCGGAAAAGGAUCAGUGAUAUGAAACUGACAUCUGAACGAACAAAGAAUUUUAAAUUAAGAGCGGGAAUUCACUCUGGACCGUGCGUAGCCGGAAUAAUUGGCAGUAAACUACCGAGAUACUGUUUAUUUGGGGAUACUGUCAAUACAGCCAGUCGAAUGGAAUCUCACGGAGAAGGCGGGAAGCUUCAUUGUAGUGAAGCAGCCAGAAAUCUGUUGAAGGAAUUUCCGGAAUUUAUCCUCGUAGAGCGGGGAGUAAUUCCCAUCAAGGGAAAAGGACCAAUGCAAACGUUUUGGUUGAUUGGGAAUUGAUUUACAAUAAUUAUUCAAAACCAACUGUAUCUUUAAUACUAUGCAUGCGCAACGCAAAAUAUGGUUUACUGUUUACAGCACAUACUCGGCUAGUGGCUUGCUUCCCUGGAUACCAGCAAGUUAUUUGUUAGGAACCCAAGAUGACCUGUACAAUUAGGAGUGUAACUGCAUAGUGUAGUGUUUAAUUUGCUUAGGAUAAUAGAUUAAUUUUAUAGAUAUUAUGAAUAGAUAAUAGAUGUAUUUCAUAAUACUUGUAUUAUUGUAAAACCUUGUUGUAACUGUACUUUUAAAUCCGUGCAUGCACAAUGGAAUCAUGGCGCCUAAAUUAGCGUCGCGCUUUUUUGACUUGCGUUUAU